AUGCAUACCAAAUUAUGUCUACUAGCUCUCUUCAUCCUACCAACCUCUGCCGUAUUCAGAGAUAGGCCCGCAACCUUUGACGAAAUCGAUCCUUUUGUCCAAUGCAUUGCAAAUCUUCCCAUUCCUUACAACUAUACAAUUACAAGAUUUGGAGGACUUGAAAUCAUGCCUGGCAUAUACGGCUUGGAUGAUACCAGCCUGAAUUCAGAUCUGAAUCGCUGUAUCUGGAAGCUCUCUUGUAUUUCUAUGGGCUUUUCCUGUCCUCGUGCUAACUCUAGAUUGGCAACAAGAUCACAUCUAAUCACUAUGGUCUCAGGGCAUGACAUGAUAAGGGAUGGCCUACGUGCACAGAAUGAUGAACCGCCCUAUGAAAUGGGGAUCAGUUAUGAAGUUUGGCAGAGAGAUGACUCUGAAAGCGAAAGCUCCAAUUCGAGCGUAUAUUCUGAUUCUGAUGGUACAGUGAACUCGGAUACAGCUCCUUGGAAUCAACUUUAUCCGGUAAAUCCCGCUUAUUGGUCAUAUAAUUAG